ACCUUCCUCUUCACAGACAUCUUGUUGGCCCUGGGGCGGAACCAUCGGAGUAGCGGUCCUGACUGUUGGGUUGCUCCGAACUUGAGAGGCCAAGGAAAGAGUGAGAGGAGACGGUGUCCCUGCGAAAAAGAAGUUGGUAGUAGCAGCUCCGAGAAGUCUCCGCCUCCGCUUGCAGACCCAGGCGUGGUGGACGCCUCAAAGUGGGCCUAAUGCAGGUGGGUGCGGCCUUUCGGACCUUCACCCCGCGCAGUCUUCCGCACGGAAUCGAUUCCUUGUGGUUGCUGAACUGUUGUAAGACAGAACCCUGGGUGCCUGACUGAGAGGGCAUGACUCUAACCACAACAGGAGGUGCGUGGCCAGGCCCUGGUUGUUGGUAUGCAGUGAAGGAUGAAGAGGCACCUGCUGAGGAGAGCAUUUCUGUAGCAGUGUUACCUUUUAGUACUUCUAAGGCAGGUUUGUCCACUGAAGUGACUCACUCUUGUGAUAUAUGUGACUCAGUCUUGAAAGAUAUUUUGCACCUGGACGAACACCAGAGAACAUACCAGAGACAUAAAGCUUACACCUGUGAUGCCUGUGGGAGACAAUUCUGGUUCAGUGCAAACUUUAACCCAAAUCUAAAGCAUUACAUUGUAGAGAGACCUUCUCAAAGAAGUGAAGGCAAAGCCUCACUGGUAAAGAACUGGAUAGUUUGUGAACAACCUCACGUGUCAGAGAAACCCUUUACAUGUGGGGUGGAGCAGAACAAAUUCCAGACCAGUUUGGGCAGUAAGCAGCAAAAAGUCACUCAUAUGAAGAGGAAGACAGCCAGAAGCACUGAUAGUAGGGAGGCUUUUCAUGUUGAACAAAUGCAUUAUAAGUGUAGUGAAUGUGGGAAAGCUUUUAGCCGCAAAGAUACACUUGCUCAGCACCAGAAAAUCCAUAGUGGAGAGAAACCUUACGAGUGCAGCGAAUGUGAGAAAGCCUUCAGCCGAAAAGCUACACUUGUCCAACACCAGAGGAUCCAUACUGGAGAAAAGCCUUAUGAGUGCACUGAAUGUGGAAAAACCUUUAGUCGAAAAGACAAUCUUACUCAACACAAACGAAUCCACACUGGAGAAAUGCCUUACAAGUGUGAUGAAUGUGGGAAAUACUUUAGCCAUCACUCCAAUUUAAUUGUGCACCAGAGGGUUCACAAUGGAGCAAGGCCUUUUAAGUGCAAUGAUUGUGGGAAAGUCUUCAGACACAAAUCUACACUUGCUCAACAUGAGAGUAUACACACUGGAGAAAAUCCUUAUGAUUGCAGUGAUUGUGGGAAAUCUUUUGGUCACAAAUAUACCUUAAUUAAGCAUCAGAGAAUUCACACAGAGUCAAAGCCUUUUAAAUGCACUGAUUGUGGAAAAUUCUUUAGUCGAAGCUCUGACUUCAUUGCACACCAGAGGGUUCACACUGGUGAAAGGCCUUUUGUGUGCAGCAAAUGUGGGAAAGACUUCAUCCGAACCUCCCACCUUGUUCGGCACCAGAAGGUUCACACUGGAGAAAGGCCAUAUGAGUGCAAUGAAUGUGGGAAAGCAUAUAGCUUAAGUUCCCAUCUCAUUCGGCACCAGAAAAUUCAUGCUGCAGGAAGACUUUAGGGGAGCUUUCAAUACAAUAAGAUUUGUCAAUUAGAUAUUGAACUUGAAAAUAUGAAUACUAAGUAUGUAGGACACUGCAACACUUAUUUUUCACACUCUGUCCUACUCAAAAGUUUCUUUCUAGAGUUAAUCACUGUCAGUAUCUAAGGCUGAAACCCUCUCAACUUCUCCAGCUUACUCACUAAAUCAUCCCCAGGAAAGGCAGGAAUUUGCACACUUUGUCCAAUCUUUAGUGAAUUGGGAGAUACCUGAAAUCUCCUGACUGGUAUUUUAGGUAAGGAAAUGGCCCUCAUUAGCCAAGAGGGAUUGAGCUCUGUUCUGGUGGCUUACAGAGAAUGUCUGUUUUGUUUGUGGACCUUAUUGGUCUUACAUGACAUUGUUUGAGACAUGGUCUUGCUUUUUUGCUCAAGCAGGCCUUGAACUUGUUGGCUUGUUUGAUUCUUAGCAUUAAAUAACCUAAUAGAUGGGAUUUCAGACAUAUGCCACUAUGUCUGGCACAUGAAAUUUUUCACAGACUUUUUCUGCCUCCAGGACAUGUGGCCAGGAAAAGUAUUUGUCUCAUUGCUGUGGCUUAUAAUAAAGGCAUUGUAAUUUAAACCACCUUUCAUCUUGGAUUUUUCCCCAACAAUCUGGAUUAAAAUGAAAAUAAUUAGACUUCCAAACAAAAAUUGAAUAGCCUUUGUGGAAUUUCAUGUACCUCAAAAGGGUUGGUGAAGAAAAGAUCUCAGUCCACUUUAGGUGUUAAAUUCCAUUGUUUGACAGAAAUAUCUUAGGUCAGAAUUUUGAUCUUUGUGAGACUGAUUUCACAAUUUGAGGGCCUAUAUAUCACCUUGAGAGAAGGUGCUACCAUUACAGACAGCAGAGUUUGGCAGCAGUGACCCAUGUGGAUUUAAUAUGGUUGUUACAGCAUAUGUCCCGUAUUCCCCAGCAGUUUUGGGAGGGAGCUUGUUUCAGGACCACUUUCUCCAAAGUCAAAGUGUGACGUACAGGUCAGCGAUAACAGUGCUUGAAAUGUCACUAAAAAAAAAAAUGAAACAUAAGUUUUUAAAGGUAUGAAUAAUUGGAAUUAAGGGAGACUGCAGUAAACUGUAGUGGGAAGUGCCCCAAAUAUUCCAGUCACUGGCUUUGUGAAUCAGUGUAUAGAAACUCUCAGGAUUUCUAGGGCUGUCCUUAUACUCAUUAAUUGUCCCAUCAAAACAUUUGUUUUUCUUGGACUCUUACACUUCCCUUGGUUUUUCCUCUAACAUCUCAGUUACACAGACAGGAACCUUGAGAUUGUGAGCUAUUGUGGUCUUGGUAUUUAUCAUUAUCUUGUCACUGGGACAGAAUACCUGGCACCUGCAAUUAAAGAAGAGGUUAAUUUUGUUUCACAGUUUCAGUGGAUUCAGUAUAUGAUCAGCUUAGAUGUAAGGUAGAGCAGCAUAGUGGAGGAAGGCUGCUCUGUGCAUGGCGGACAGGGAGAGAGAAGAGUGGACUUGGGGACAAGAAUGUAAUCUUCAAUCCUGCUGAUGUGCUUCUUCCAAACAGUCGCCACUUCUGACCAUAUGAGACUUUUGUGGGAUAUGUAAGAUCUGUCAUAACUUUCUGUGUCUGGGCCCCCAAAGGCUCAUAUUUAAUCUCAUUAAAAAUGCAUUUAAUCUCUAA